CCCAUCUGUUUACAAGUCAGCAAUCAUCUGUAUCUUGGAGAAUUUAAAUCUUUUUGUUGCGCCAAUAUUUCUCUUCGCAAAUCUUGAAAUCUCUUGGCUGAUUCAUCUUGACUACAACAGUAUUCCGUCUGAGGGGUCCGCGCCGCACUGAAAAUUCCAUGAACACAACAAAACUACUCGAAUAUCCAAAAAUAUCUUGAGUUUCCAAAGUACAUAUCUGUCUGUGGAGUAUCGCGUCUGGUGAGAAGUCGCAAUCAGAUUUCGGUCGUUAGUCGAGAAAAUCGCGAUAUUCGCGUACCGGGUGUGAGUGUCAUCAAUCGAUUUUCAAAUUGUGCUAUUUGUCGUAUUGUGUGGAGCAAAAAAAUUGCAAUUGUACUCCUGCCAAGCGUUCCUGCCUCCGGAACUGCCCCUGAAAGUGCUGAGUGAACCCGUCCCCAGAUAACAUUGAAAUUGGAUAGUAAAUUAGCGCGCGCGAAGUGAAACAUCAAACGAGAUGUUUAUAUUGUUCCGUGGAUUCGAGUGAGUUAAUGCGAAUUGUUCGGGGCAUAAUUUUAUCUGCUGCAUAUCUUUCGCAAUCAUAAACUGCGUGCUUCCAAGGUUUUCCGUCAAUUUUUAAUCGAUACUAGACAAUAUUACAAUUUCGUGGAUAAAGUGAAACUGCUAUAGUGUUAACUCGUGUGUUAGUGAUCGUGACGAUCGUUUGAAAGUCGCAUAAUAGUGCGAAUUCGUGGUGAUAAAUUCGUUCGGUAAAUAUAAGUUUAAAAGGAAUAUUGUAAAUAAAGACACGGUGCAAUAUGUCUUCUUAUGGUUUCAACUACUAUCCGAAGAACUGGCAUGCAAACGGUUAUGGCUGGGUUAAUAUGCAAGCUUUGGCUUAUGCCACUGGUGAGAAAACAACACCGGAUGGACCUGGCAGCAACCCGUCGGUUGGAUCCAGCUUAUAUCCGUCGUUACCAGGAUCCGCUGCCUUGUCCUACGGAUUCAGUGAUAGUGUGUUGAAUCCACAAAAGCCCACUUCCAGCCUAUAUCCAAAAUUGGGUUUCACUGACGAUUCAGAGCUAAGUUCACCGCCCCGAGAAGAUAAUGUUCGCGCGCGACCGCAAGAACUUUUGUGUACAGCAGUUCAUGUUCCACCUGAUCAGAAUUCUUAUUGGUAUUCACAAUAUUUGGGAGUUACUGCAACACUCGACAAUGUAUUGCAAUUUGUAGAAAAGAAAGAUAUAAUGGAGGAAAAUGUGUAAGGGGUACAUGCCGAUGUUUCUGAUAUAUGAAACGCUCUUUAUUCAAAUGAUGGAACUUUUUAAAUAACACAUACCUUCCGUAAUAAAAAGGAAAUAAA